AUGAAAAAACUCGCCAAGAAGAAGGCCAAGAAGACCAAUGUCGAGCCCUAUGAGUGCCUUCUCCCGGAUAAGGAUUGCGACGUGGGCCCCACAACACCAAACGGGAGCUUCGUCGUGUAUGUGGGCGAAGAUCGUACGAGGUUCGUCUUGCCAACCGGCUACCUUUCGCAUCCCCUUUUCAAGAUACUACUGGAAAAGGCAUAUAACGAGUUCGGGUUCGAACAGAAAAACGGGCUCGUUGUACCGUGCAGCGUGGCCGCCUUUCGGGAGGUCGUUAACGCGGUCGAGAGCUGCCAUGGAAGGUUUGAUUUUGGAGAAUUAAUGGAGGAGUUUCUUUAA